UUACCUACUGCCCGAAAGUGGGCCAAAGCCACAACCAGCAAAAUAUUUUUGUAAAAAGUUACUACUCUUGCUAAAGAAGAUAAUCAUGUCCUAAAAUGUGUCCGCCAUGGCUACUACCAAAUCACACAAAGUGGAAACUCCGUACUCUUUGCCCAGCUGUCACUCCCCGUCCCCUUUAUAAACCCCCAUUAAUUGACCACUCCUUCCUACUCUCAACAAAUUCAAAACCUCUGUUUUCUCUCUCCACACUCUGCCUCUAACUUGAAAAAAAAACUCAAACACUCUGUUCUCGUCGCAUGCACAUAAACAAUAACAAAUGGCUUCCACAACUAUGUUGUUGCUGGUCGUGUUCAUGAUUCUAUGUAUAUCACACCCCUCAUUUCAAAUGGUUCUUGUGCCUUUAACACACACACUUUCCAAAGCCCAAUUCAACAGCACCCACCACCUUCUCAAAUCCACUUCCACCCGUUCCGCAAAACGCUUCCGCCGCCAACUCUCCCUCCCACUCUCCCCGGGCAGCGACUACACUCUCUCCUUCAACCUGGGCCCGCAGGCCCAGGCCCAGCCCAUUACGCUCUACAUGGACACUGGCAGCGACUUAGUCUGGUUCCCCUGCGCCCCUUUUAAAUGCAUACUCUGCGAGGGAAAGCCCAACGAGCCCAACGCCUCUCCCCCAACCAACAUCACUCAAAGCGUCGCCGUUUCGUGCAAGUCCCCCGCGUGCUCCGCAGCGCACAACUUAGCCCCUCCCUCCGAUCUCUGCGCCGCCGCUCGUUGUCCUCUCGAAUCAAUCGAAACCUCCGAUUGCGCAAAUUUCAAGUGUCCACCGUUUUAUUAUGCUUACGGUGAUGGAAGCUUAAUCGCGCGUCUCUAUCGUGACACGCUUUCUCUCUCUUCUUUGUUUCUCAGAAAUUUCACGUUCGGUUGCGCUCACACUACCCUCGCCGAACCUACUGGAGUCGCCGGAUUCGGUCGUGGUUUGCUCUCUCUCCCGGCGCAGCUGGCCACGUUAUCUCCUCAACUCGGAAACCGGUUUUCGUAUUGUUUGGUUUCUCACUCGUUCGAUUCGGAGCGAGUGAGAAAACCGAGUCCACUAAUUCUUGGACGCUACGAGGAGAAGGAGAAGGAGAAGAUUGGUGGUGGAGUGGCGGAGUUUGUUUACACGUCUAUGCUUGAAAACCCUAAGCAUCCUUAUUUUUAUACCGUUAGCUUAAUCGGAAUCGCCGUCGGGAAAAGGACUAUUCCGGCGCCGGAGAUGCUACGGCGGGUGAACAAUCGAGGUGACGGCGGCGUGGUUGUGGAUUCCGGCACGACGUUCACGAUGUUGCCGGCGGGGUUUUAUAACUCGGUGGUGGACGAGUUUGACCGCCGAGUCGGGCGAGACAACAAGCGCGCGCGUAAGAUUGAAGAGAAAACGGGACUCGCGCCGUGCUAUUAUUUGAACUCCGUGGCGGACGUACCAGCUCUGACGCUGCGUUUUGCUGGGGGAAAGAAUUCGAGUGUGGUGCUUCCUAGGAAGAACUAUUUCUACGAGUUUUCGGACGGUAGUGAUGGAGCGAAGGGGAAGAGGAAGGUGGGGUGCUUGAUGCUGAUGAACGGUGGGGAUGAAGCGGAUUUGAGUGGUGGGCCCGGGGCCACACUCGGGAAUUACCAACAGCAAGGGUUUGAGGUUGAGUAUGACUUGGAAGAGAAGCGCGUGGGGUUCGCAAGGAGGCAGUGCGCGUUGCUUUGGGAGAGACUCAAUCGCGACAAAAACUAGCGUAAGGUAUCGUGCACUGAACAUACUAGAUUCCCUCCCCUGCUUUCUGUCACGGGUCGGGUUCUUUCUGUAAAUUUUGAAAUAAGGCGGGCUUUCGGGCCAUGCGCUUGUAUGUCUACUAAUAGUAAGGAAAGCUGUACACUAUCUUUUUUAAAAAAAAAAAAGAAGAAGCCUGAAUUGUAUUGUAAGAAUUGUAAGUAAACGUAAAUGAUUGAAAAUAAUAUUUUUUUUAGGGCUCGAAUUGAUGUAGUACUUUCUUACUUUUUUUGAAUGGUAAGUUCAAGUUGUGUUGGAGUUGAUGAUGAACAGUGAUGUCAUGGGAUGAAGGAAUCUGUCCAAAAUUCAGCUGUGACAAACCAGCCAUGUAGAUAAUCCACCGUUCUUUAUGGAAGUGGGAUUCGAUUUCGAACUGCCUGGUUAAUUUCUUUUAAUUCAGCUUUGGCCAUGUCUUUGUAGAAGUUGGGACCAUUACUGUUUUUGAGUUUGGCCAGGACAAUAAGAAAGAUUCUUGUCAUCCAUGUCAUCAUCAAUCACGGAUUCUUCUAGUUUAAAUGUAAUUUUUAUCCAUUUAAUAUAAAUAAUGUAUGAAAUACUA